UAGCAGAACUAGUGGGUGUGCUCUCGCUCAGUUUUAGCCAACAAAGUCCAAGCCCAACGACUAUCUAGGGUUGUGCCAAAGGCCGGAGGAGGGUACGGGACAAGUUUAGUCGCUUGUCUUCGUUGUUCAACCAUGGCUGAAGAGCGAGGUCAUAAAAGCCGGUCAUAUCAUCAUUCUGUUUGACUCCAUUUUCCUGUGAGAUAUACAUUUAAAAACCAUGGACGCGAACGGAUGGUCAACAGCCUCGCCGCUCGAUAAUACUGGCAAUCACAUUCUUGAGGCUUCUGUGGGAAAUGCGCAGGAUGUAGGCCCCGAGGUGUCGCCGUACGCAAGUCCGGCAUGCAACGUCUACUUCGAGAGUGGUCAGCCUUUUAGGGUGCCUAGCAACCUUCUUUGUCAAGAACUAGAGAACAUUCGCCACCGAAGCCAUGGUGAAAUACGACUGAAGCAUAUACCAGACGAAGCAGGCCAUGUGCUCAUUCACUUCCUCCAUACGGGGUCAUGGCAAACCUUGCGGGCAAAGGAUUCUCUCGACGCACCGAAAAAUGCCACCUACCUUGGAACUAGUCUCCAUGUUUAUGCCGCUUCGCAGGCAUAUAAAAUUCCUCUUCUGGCCGAGCUUGCCAAAGGGAAUAUUUCUCUUUCCGCAGAAGCACUGCCUGCCCUUGAGGUUAUUGCACUAGCGUCAGAUGCCUGUCACUCUUUGGGAGAGGAUGACCCAUGGUUCUCGGCGUUCAUCAAGCGACGCAUCCGCCACCUGUUCGAAGACUCAUCUUCUUUGAACAAAUCUGGCCUGUUGGGAUGUUUCAACAAUACGACAGCAUACUCGAGGCUGUUGGUCAAGAGCUUGAUCGAAAUUUGUUGCGACUAUUCAAUUUCUGUCAAUCCGAGCGAAUCUCAACCUUCGCCUCGGCUUGUGCCAUCAGUUGCGUCAAAGCCAAUUCCUAUUACGUGGUCAGACGCAAUUGAGCCGGAGGUGGACCUGGGUGGAGAACUCACACUGGAAUCGGCGCUAGGAAAUAGCCUGACACCGACUUCCAAGAAAGACAAGAAGAAGAAGAAGAAGGCUAAGAAGUUGGAUGAGAUCCAGGCUGAUUCAGACGGUGUGAAUCUCAGAGAUAUUGCAGAGCCCGUAACAAAUGGCCGACAUUGAUUACUCUUCAAUUACUCAGGAUGUAACGAUCAAAUUGAGCUAUGCUGUUUUCAGAAUUUAG